GGCCAGCGACGACGCCGGCAGCACCACGUGCACUGGAACAGGUCUUGUCGCCAUGAUUGCUACAAAUGUUUAAAUGGUGACUUGGCAAGUGCUGGGAAAUGGACUGGAGACGGAGGUGACGUUCGAAGCGGAAGAUAACGAGGCGCGGAAGGAUUUCCAGAAGACAGGGCUUGGUAUUACAGCGUUGAGCACGUCGCCAGUGUCGCUGGAAACGGUUGGAAAGGAGUCAAAUGAGUUGGUUACUAGCGGGAAUGACACAAUGGAGACCAAGAGGAGGCGCCACUUGUCACUGCCAGAAACAUACUACGCAGUGAUCAACGGUCUUUUACCAAUUGAUGAACCAUUACGAGAAUUGUGGGAGCGGUUUAACAGCUUGAGUGUGGCUUUCGUGAGGAACUUCAUAGUCUACCAGCAUUUUCGACACCUCGACUGGAUUCCAAAGUCUGGACUUAACUACGGAGCGCACUACGUAUUGUAUCGAGGCUCAGCCACAGAAUUUCAUUCCGAAUACAUUGUAUACGUGCAGGAUGAAGCUUCGUCGUGGAACACCAUCCAGUCACUCACCAGGAUAGCGGCAGAUGUCAAGAAGACCGUGCUGCUGUGUACUGUGACUGCUGAAAUAACGGGCAGUGAAGACAGCCCAGCCGACCUCACAUUCGGUGUGUACAGCUUCCACGACGUCCAGUACACUGUCGAAGCCAUUGCAAUCCGCUUUUGGGAUCCCUCGAUAGCUGACGGACCGCAGUCCUACACGUUCCAGCAACAACCAGUCCUAUCAAAGAAACCCAAGACUGUAAAGAAAAAGAACAGAGCCAAACGACCGAAACAUCAACUCGAAGAGACCCUCACAACUUCAGGAAAUUCCGCGUAACAUAAUGUUACAUUUUUUAACCAGUUAUCCCAGCACAACUUUCUCCAGCACAAGACCCACUGUCGAUCCCAAUACAAGACCAGAGUUCAGGAAGAAGCUCGUAAAGGG